AUCUCAUAAUUUGUAAUUUUCCCUCUCUGCAACCCCCAUAAUCUAACCUGCCGAUGGCCAAAACCGUAAGCUUGAAGCUUCUAGUAGACACCACCACAGAUAAGGUGGUGUUCGCGGAGGCUGGAAAGGACUUCGUCGACUUCCUGUUUGGCCUCUUGCAGCUACCGCUCGGCGGCAUUCUGGCCGCCCUCCGCGGCCAGGCUGUUUCUGGGUCUACCAUGAAAAUCUACCAGAGCGUCCAGAACCUUGCCGACGAGUAUUUACUGCCAAACCAGAGGAAGGACUCUCUCUUGCGGCCGGCGACAGCCACUUCAAACACCGAGCCGUCGCCGCUAUUGAAGGCGCUGCCUUUCUCUUUUCAGGGAAGUAGCAGCAGCUACUCCUCUUAUGAUAGAUCUAAAAAUGAGGUGCAAGGGUACGUCAAAAGCGCAGUGGUUUACACGGUGGCGGAUGAUCUGACGGUGGAGCCCCUGUCCACUGUGUCCAGUGUUGCUCUUCUCAACUCGCUUAAGGUCAAAGACAUCGGCUUCCUCCAGGAGAAGAUCGUUGAGGGAUUGAAGCUGUUGAAAGCCUCUUUGGAGUCUACCACAGUUCUCACAGAUGUGUUCCUGCGAUGA